AAUGGGUUUGACCAGUUCAAAGCAUGUGUGUCUCUGUGUGUGUGUGAGAGAGUGAGAGAGUUUUCACAGCUAGGGCUGGGGGUGUUAACCAUACACUGUUACAGCCCUCACAGAUGUGAGUAUCUCUCUGCGACUUCCUGUCUCAUACACAGCCGAGCCCCGCAAAGAGGAAACCAGACUCAUCAGAGCUGAUGUUGAGAACUGACGACACAGUGAUGGACUGAUCCACUGUCACUUUACCGAGAUACGAUUCUGCGACUGAGGUGAAAAGAUCGGAGCUUGAAUGAACCAGGAUUAGAAAGCUGUCUCUCCAUGUCCGCAGUGACCCCCUGCAGCCCCACCGGUCUCACGGUGCCGGCUCUGGUCCGGUUCCAGCUGGGCCUGUUCAGGGAGGUGGUUCAAGUCCCUGCUGGCAACCUGAGCUACCGCCAUGCCAAGAGGCUGGCCACAGAAAUCAUAGAGCGGAAGGCUCCAGACUGCAGCGUGGUGGGCGUCGGGGAGAAGAUUCUGCUGUUCAGACAUCAGCCCGUCUCUGAGCAGCUGCUGCAGCGCCUGACCGACCAGGACGAGCUGCAGCAUGGAGACCUCAUCGAGGUCAUCAUCGCAGGGUCAGCCUCAGUGACUGAGAUGAGGAUCCGUCCACACUCCCUGGUGGUCCAGUCAUACCGGACUCCCACUUUCUGUCACCACUGUGGAGAGAUGCUGUGGGGCCUCGUCCGACAGGGGUUAAAAUGUGACGGCUGUGGGUUAGACUUCCAUAAACGUUGCGCCUUCCUGUUGCCCAACGACUGUAGCCGAGCGCGGCGUCAGGUCAGCACCAGCCUCUCUCUGUUCCCUCCCCGACGACCCCGCACACACUCCCUCUCUAACCAGGCAGGAGGCAGUCUGGAGGAGAUCAGCAUGUCCAAGCCCUCGUCCAGGCCUCCGUCCUGGGCGGAGCCUCCAGUCUGGCUGGGGGUCGGGUACGGGGAAAAGAGCAGGGCUCAGGUCCCUCACACCUUCCACAUCCACAGCUACACCAAACCCACCGUCUGCCAGUACUGCCACCGACUGCUCAAAGGGCUCUUCAGACAGGGGCUGCAGUGCUCAGACUGCAGGUUUAACUGCCACCGCCGCUGCGAGCCUCUGGUCCCCAGAGACUGUCCGGGGGAGAGGAAGGGCGUCAACGGGGAAGAAUCCACAGCAGCUGGUUACAUCAGGCUACCAGACUCAGAGGACAAUGAAUCAGAGCUCACCAGUGUAACAACACUAGACAUCUCAGACGACGAGAUGUCCACUGACGGUGACUCGCCGGCCGAGACCAAGGAAGUGGAGCAGCUGCGAGAGACGAUGAGUCCGUGCUUCAGCAGCUACAUCCCCCUGAUGAGGCUCGUCCAGUCGGUGCAUCACACUAAGAAGAGAGCUGGAGGAGUCCUGAGAGAGGGAUGGCUGCUGCAUCACACCAACACUGACACCCUGAGGAAACGACAUUACUGGAUCUUGGACUGGAAGAGCAUCACUCUGUACCAGAACGAGAGCAGCACCAAGUACUAUAAGGAGAUCCCUCUGUCCGAGGUGCUGCAGGUCCGGGGUCCCGCCCACCUCUCCAUGCCUGUGUUGCCGGGCAACAGCGCCCACUCGUUCGAGGUGGUGACGGCCUCACUGGUGUACUGCGUGGUGGCCGGAGAGGACGGGCCGGUCUGGGAGAGCGCCAUCCGUCAGGGCCUGAUGCCCGUAGAGAGCAGCGGGGGACACAGCGAGGAGAACCAUGAUCAACAGUCACACAGAGACAGAGCGGACAUCAGCUCGGUGUAUCAGAUCUUCACAGACGAGGUGCUGGGUUCAGGACAGUUUGGAGUGGUGUACAGAGGUACUCACAGGAAGUCAGGUCAUCCAGUCGCCAUCAAAGUCAUCGACAAGACGCGUUUCCCCACCAAACAAGAGAGACAGCUGAGGAACGAAGUGUCCAUAUUGCAGAAUCUCUCGCACCUCGGCGUGGUUCUGUUGGAAGGGAUGUUCGAGACAGUCGAGCAUGUCUUCGUUGUCAUGGAGAAGCUUCACGGAGACAUGCUGGAGAUGAUUCUGUCCAGUGAGAAAGGACGACUCCCUGAACGCAACACUCGCUUCCUGGUCACACAGAUCCUUGAGGCUUUGCGAUAUCUGCACUUAAAACACAUCGCUCACUGUGACCUCAAACCUGAGAAUGUACUCCUGGCCUCUGCGGACCCCUUCCCUCAGGUGAAGCUGUGCGACUUCGGCUUCGCCCGCAUCAUCGGCGAGAAGUCGUUCCGUCGCUCGGUCGUGGGGACGCCGGCCUACCUGGCGCCCGAGGUGAUCAGCAGCAGCGGCUACAACCGCUCUCUGGACAUGUGGUCGGUGGGUGUCAUCAUGUACGUGAGCCUGAGCGGGACCUUCCCCUUCAACGAGGACGAGGACAUCAAACAGCAGAUCACCAACGCUGCCUUCAUGUACCCACGACAACCCUGGGCCUCCAUCUCACUUGAAGCUGUGAGUCUCAUCAAUAACCUGCUGCAGGUGUCAGUGAGGCGGCGGUUCAGCGUGGGCAAAGCUCUGGGACACCCCUGGCUGCAGGACUUCCAGCUGUGGUGCGACCUCCGGGAGUUCGAGCAGAGGAUGGGCCGCAGGUAUCUGACGCACCCGGGGGACGAGGAGCGCUGGUUACAUCACGCCCAGGAGAGAGGCCUGGACUUCCCCCCCCACCUCUGCUGGGACCCCGACAACGACCCCGACACGUGACCUCGGCUGUUAAAGGUCUGACUAAAACGAGACACGUCACACUCAAAAAGCUGAAUUCUGUGAUCAGUGAACCAGUUGUAGGUUUUCUGUGGUCAGCAAAUGUUAGGAUUGAGGUGGUUGUUGUGGGAACAGGCAGGAAAAGUGAAGAUCAGAUCAGUCUGUGUGUAGUACUAAAGAGGAUAAAAAACAACACAAACAACUGCUGUUUAGUAAUAGAAUUUUCCUUUUUUAUUCCAAGUUGUAGUUUUUUAAAUUGUGAGAGUGAGUUUCUGUGGUGUCAGUGAUGGACAGAAUGAGUUGAGGAGGAGGAGGAGAAUGGAGCGCAGAUGAAGAGAAAAAAAAAACCUUGCACUGGCUAUCAUGGCUGAUCUGUCAUUUUAAAAUGGGACCAAAACCCUAUGAGCUUCCUCACUGACAUAGGCCUGCCAUGGUCCCACGUACAGUAUUGAUUCUUCUUAUUUAGUCCGCAACUUUCCUGAUGCCCUGUCGUCUCUCACUGCUCGACACCUCUCUCCGUCCGUGUCCCUCCUCCACGCGAGUUUAAAUUUAGCCGAAACCGAGAGAGAGAGAGAGAGAGGUGUGUGGGAUCGUUCUCUCUGGCCGUUUACAGUUUGUCUUUCUGUCUUCCUUCUUGAGUCCCCAUCCAGCCAUGUCCCUCUCUUUUUUUUGUCUACAUUUACCCACAGUGCUUUUUGCUUUGAGCUGCUCUCUGUUGUUUGCAGUCUUCAUUUUAAUAUUUAGCGCUCCAGAGUUUAGAUGCUCUCAUUCUUCCUCCGUUUUGUUCCUGAGCUUCUUAAGGUUUUUAAGAUCUCCAGGUUAAAUUUAAUCUCUGCUAACAUUCAGGUUUCACAGUGCUUUGGUAGGAUUUUUUUUUUAUUUUUAUUUUUUACAGAGUAAGAUUAUUCAGUGUGAGACUGGCUUUGUAA